GCGCUUUGGGUUUUCUUUUCUCUUCUCACAACUCUGACAACGUCUUCCCCUCUCUCCAUCUUAAAUCUCAAAAACUCAUCUUUUAAUACUCCAAACAUGGCUACUGAGCGUGAUAAUAAUGUUUACAUGGCUAAGCUCGCUGAGCAAGCCGAGCGCUACGAUGAAAUGGUCUCCUACACCAAGGAAGUUGCCAAGAUGGGUGUUGAACUUACCGUUGAGGAACGCAACCUUUUAUCUGUCGCCUAUAAGAACGUGAUUGGUGCCCGCCGUGCAUCUUGGAGAAUUGUUUCCUCCAUUGAACAAAAGGAAGAAAGCAAAGGCUCCACCGCCCAAGUGGAAAAGAUCAAGGCUUACCGUCAAAAGAUUGAAAAGGAACUUCAAGAGGUGUGCAAAGACAUUUUGUCCGUCUUAUCCGACAAUCUUCUUCCCAACGCUCAGGGUGGUGAAUCCAAGGUUUUCUACUACAAGAUGAAGGGUGACUAUCACCGUUAUCUCGCUGAAUUCCUUACUGGUGAAGAGCGCAAGCAAUCCGCCACUGAGGCUCACGAAGCUUACAAGGGUGCAACUGAUGUUGCGCAAACUGAUUUGGCACCCACUCACCCUAUCCGCUUGGGUCUUGCUUUGAACUUCUCCGUCUUCUACUAUGAAAUUCUCAACUCCCCCGAUCGCGCAUGUCAUCUGGCAAAACAAGCCUUCGAUGAUGCUAUUGCAGAACUCGACACCUUGUCGGAAGAAUCUUACAAGGAUUCCACUCUCAUCAUGCAGUUGCUGAGAGAUAACUUGACUUUGUGGACUUCUGAUUUGCAAGAAGACAACGACAAGGCUGAUGAAAACAAGCCUGAAGAUGCCGAGGAGUCCAAGUAGAUUUCCUUUCACAUAUAAUUUUUUCUUACCUUUUUCUCUUUUUUCUUGUUCUUUCUUUUGGUGUUGGGAAAAAGCUGAUUGAAAGAGAGAUUGUUAUUCGUACUCAAUUUAUCCUUACGGUCAAAGAAAGCUUCUCUUUUAGCGUCGCCCACUUUCUUCCAAAGUUCGUUUUUUUUCUUUUAUAAAUUUUCAUUGAAAAUGAAGCCCAUAUAUGUUGUCAACGAUGGGAUAAAACAGAAGCUUAAACGUGCUGUCUUGAUUGACCUACGAUGAAGAAGUGUCCUUGCAAAC